GCAAAAGAUUUACACAUAUAAUAGCAGCUAUCAGUUACAAAGAGUCGUACACUUUCAAUUACAACUUCAUAAAAUUAAAUAAAUAUAUGCACACGGUACAACAAAGAGUAUAUUGAUGUUGUAUGUAUAUGUAUCUGAAGAAUUUUCUUUUUAUUUUCUAUUUUGGAACAAAUGUAACAAAUGUAACAAUAUUUUCAUGUAUAUUUCAAUUUAUAUUCAGAACAGUGUGGGUACUUUACUCCCUCUGUAGACCACGCCUCUUCUUCUAUAUUAAGACAAAACAGAAGAGAAUCAAAAUCUGAAAUAGAACAGACAAACUAAGCAAGUCAAGUCACCAAAAAUUCUGCAAAAUGGAGGAAACAACUCAAAAAAGGAAAAUAUGACAAUAAUUGAAAACUCCACCACAACUUAUAAGAGGGGACCUCUCUCUCUCUCUGAAAGAAGUGGAGCAAGUAACUUUCAGUAGCACCAAAAUUUUAGAAGUUUUAGUUCCCACGUAUUUGCCUCUCACUCUCUCUCUCUCUCUAUUGGCUCAUGCAAAGCAUACUUCUGUAUAAGAGAGACAUUAUCGUCACAGCAUAGAAAAAAGUAAAUACAUUACAAAGACAAUGACUUCACUAUAUUUCUUUUUUGUGUCAGAUUUUGAAGUCAAUAAAUCAUUGGUAGUCUCAAGUCAACUAAACACUAAAUGAAAAAUCAAGCAUAGAAAAACUUAUCUCUAUUCUAUAGGUCAAAGAAAUCCUCUCUGUUCCCUCUGGUUUUGGCAAGCCUUCUGCAGCAGGAAAAGGAGGACUUUGAAUAUGGCAGGCGGGUCUUUUGCUCCGGCGGGUGUGGCCAAGGAAAGAGCUGAGCGGUACCAAGGAAGGGUGACCCUUUAUGUGAUUAUUGCUUGCAUGGUUGCUGCGGUUGGUGGAUCAAUCUUCGGCUAUGAUAUCGGAAUUUCAGGAGGUGUUACAUCAAUGGAUGAAUUUCUUCAUCGAUUCUUCUACACGGUCUACAAAAAUAAGAAACGUGCACAUGAAAACAACUACUGCAAGUACAAUAAUCAAGGGCUUGCAGCAUUUACCUCAUCUCUAUACCUUGCUGGUUUGGUUGCUUCUCUGGUGGCAUCUCCUGUCACACGGAUGUAUGGGCGUCGAACGAGUAUUAUUUCCGGUGGGAUAUGCUUUCUUGUUGGAGCAGCCCUUAAUGCCUCAGCUGUCAACCUGGAAAUGCUUAUUUUGGGUCGGAUCAUGCUCGGUUUUGGAAUUGGCUUUGGAAAUCAGGCGGUUCCACUAUACUUGUCAGAGAUGGCACCAACCCAUCUCAGAGGAGCCCUAAACAUGAUGUUUCAGUUAGCAACAACUCUUGGGAUCUUCACCGCAAACAUGAUCAAUUAUGGAACAGAUAAGCUCAAGCCAUGGGGAUGGAGGCUCUCCCUUGGCCUAGCAGCAGCACCAGCUCUUUUAAUGACAGUGGGAGGAAUAUUUCUUCCAGAAACACCAAACAGCUUAACUGAGAGGGGAUUGAAAGAAAAAGGAAGAAAAGUUCUAGAAAGAAUAAGAGGGACAGAAAAUGUUGAUGCAGAGUUUGAAGACUUGAUUGAUGCAAGUGAGUUUGCAAACUCGAUCAAGCAUCCCUUCAGGAACAUCCUUGAGAAAAGGAACAGGCCACAGUUGAUCAUGGCAAUCUUUAUGCCAAUGUUUCAGAUCCUCACAGGGAUUAAUUCGAUUCUGUUCUAUGCCCCGGUGCUGUUCCAGACUAUGGGAUUUGGAGGAAAUGCUUCCCUCUAUUCUUCUGCAGCGACUGGAGGAGUCCUUGCUGCAUCUACACUAGUUUCAAUAGCAACAGUGGAUAGAUGGGGCCGAAGAGCUUUACUGAUUGGAGGAGGGAUACAAAUGAUUGUAUGCCAGGUUGUAGUCGCCUUAAUAUUGGGGCUCAAGUUCGGCAAUGACAAAGAACUCUCAAAAAGCGUCUCAAUCUCGGUGGUGGUCAUCAUCUGCCUCUUUGUUGCGGCCUUUGGAUGGUCAUGGGGGCCACUUGGUUGGACAGUGCCGAGUGAAAUUUUCCCAUUAGAAACACGUUCUGCCGGGCAAAGCAUUACAGUAGCUGUGAACCUCUUUUUCACUUUUGUUAUAGCCCAAUCUUUCCCUUCACUGCUUUGCGCAUUGAAAUUCGGCCUUUUCCUCUUCUUUGCUGGCUGGAUUACUGUUAUGACUAUCUUUGUCUACAUCUUCUUACCUGAAACCAAAGGAGUUCCGAUUGAAGAGAUGAUUCUAUUGUGGCAGAAACAUUGGUUCUGGAAGAGGAUUGUGUCUAUUAAUCCAGAGGCAGAUGGAAGUAACGGUAGGCAAAGCAGUUCGUUGGAGUUGGGUGAAACAGUAGGAUGCAAUAGCCAAGCUCACACACCAAACGCAGUGAAUUCCUAGAAGAUCAAACAGGUUUCAACUAAAGUUAAUAAAGCCUCUGAACUAGAAAACAACCACACCAAAUGGGCUACUGAAAAUGUGACACACUGAGGCGCUUUAAUAUAUUCCCAGUCCAAGAAUACAUGUCAUAUCCAUGACUCUUAUGUAGUACUUACCUUAAAAUUAUGUUUUGAUUGAUAAAAAUUGAAUAAUCAUGAUUCAUGAAUACAA